AAAUGAUUUACUUAUUAAAUGAAGUCCUUCCUCUUCUUCCCAAAACAACUUUAGGAUGAGAGAAAAGAAAGGAAGUCUUUGAACUUCUACUCAAGACAUAAAUUAGUAACUAGCUGAUGUUGAAAGCCCCUACAAUCUAAACAAAUUCAUCAUCUUUGUUAUUAGAUGAAGCAUGAGGAGGUAAAACUAAACCCAUCGACCACCAGAAGUCUAACUCGUCACCCUGUAAAUGAUAGAAGGAGUUGAAAUUAAGACACAUGUUGAAAGAAUGGGGCCAGUAGUCGGCGUGACGUCGGUCGCAAUGCUAUUCUAGCAGGGAAAUUGGAGUUCAGCUUUGAUCAGCUUGGAAAAAACGCUCCAUUCGAAAAUGUCGCAGUCUGUUCGGUUGCGGAAGAUGAUUUGGGCGCUACUGGGCGCAGGCGCUUGGCCAAGGCGCGGUUUUUUGGGGGUCCUUGCGUUAGCUACACGGCUUCGUAGCGGAGGAAAGGGUAAAAACGCACAUGACCCGAGAGUGGAGGCUGGCAACUGGCAAACGACUGGUCAAAACACAAAUAGCGCCAUGUUGGGUAUGGACGUAACUACUCGUUCUCCAGUGUCUGCUAAUGUGGGGAGUAGUAAAGGACCGCACCGGGGUCAGAAGAAACCCGCAAGCAAAGGAAAGAGGCCAGUGAACCAAAGAGCAUCCCAAAUAAAGAUAGGGUCGCCGCACAAUGGCAACAGGCCACCUCGACUAGACAUGAUUGAUGAAAACGACAACAGAGUCAAAGGCAAGGGAAGUUCCUCCGCUUCGCCUUUGGUGCACCUUGCUCAGGAGGGUUCUCCCUCGCAAGCAAUAACGCGAAUUUUCCGUUUACAUGACGAGGAAGCGAAGGGUAAGAGGACUCGACCGGACAUGAAUGCUGCCCCGUACGUGGUUCCGAUUGCAAACCCUAUUCCUGGUGAUGGGGGCCUGUUGCUCACAAAACAUCGAACGACGGGACGUCCGCAGACUCGUGGUCCAGCUGCACUGAUCAGUCGCGACGAGCCCGUUUUUGUCUAUUCGCAAGCUGCGCCCGACUGCUCGCGUGCUCCGUCCGAAAGUGCACAGUCUCGUCAAAUAGCAUCACAUUCUCAUUCGCAACAGGCUCACGCGCAAGCCGAUGGACCUGACAACCCGCCAGGACCACCAGGAGCGCAUUUUUCUGCAGGAACACCAUGGCCGACGCCGCAGCCAUCGCCCUGGUUCGGUAAUUGCGCUCCUUAUGUUGGAGGUGCAGAAGCAGGCUGUCGACAAGUGCUGGCAGGACCUGCUGUUUCCGGUCGAUGGAACACGGUGGCCUACAGUGGAUAUCCAUGCGCUCUUCCACAAGAAUUUGUACAUGUCAUGAGGAGCUCUCACAUGGUGGCAGAUUAUACCUCUACAGCAGCGACGCCAACACCUUAUCCACCUACGUCUGAAGUGCAAACAGCAACCAUAGGGCCGAAAGUACUUCUUGAAGCAGGACAAUUUCCAACAGCGUCAGCGGUCGACUCAAGUCCGUUUAGGUCGGCAUCAUCGCACGGACAAGCAGCUGCAGCGGCGCUGUUUUCCCCUACACACGCUCGUGGCGAUCCUGCGCUUGCCGCAUGGCGGAGCCCCUCUACUGCGAUGGACACACGCGGCAGUCCUACUAGCAAGUCGCCAAUUAGCCUCGCCUGUCUCUUACAGCGAGAGUGGAACAGCAAUGCCUCUCCGGGGCCGGCGGGGGAGGUGUCUCCCGUCUCAUCUCCGACGAAAACCAAUCAUAAAAGUAGCGGAGUCACGACUUCGCCUGAUAGUAAAAAUCAAAGGGACCAUAAAGAUAAAGAACUACAACGUCUUCAUAGGAAAAGCAGUGGGGCUAGCCUUUCGACGGCUGGUGUUGCAGCCGACGCGAAGACGGAACCUUUAUUGAAAGGGAUAGGCAGGAGCAGGAGGAGUACUGCUACAGAUACUGCGUCUUGUUGUUCUAUAACACCGAAAAACAUUUUUCAAGAGACGCAAACGGAAGAGGCCAUCAUGGUCAUGGAGGUGGAUUGCGUGGGCAGGAGUACGAAAUACGACGAGCAAGGAAACCCAGUAGCAGGUGCGUUUCGCGCAUCAGGACGUUUUCCAAGCAAGAAGAAGCAAGGAAAGGGACGAGGAAAUGUAACAGCGAAACUUCUUCAGAGACAUGGCGCUGAAGACGGCAAUCUUCAAUUAGUAGAUGCAGGAAAUACAAAUAGUUUUAGUUGUAUUGCUGCGGAAACAUCUUCAACAGCAGACGUUCUUGCUCCACUUACUGUGCCUGCCGUACCACAAGAAAUAGAGUCCGAAAACGGAGGUCCGUUCAGCAGACAGCCAUCACCAGAUGAGAAGAGCUUCGUGACGAGCAGUUUCGCUGAAGGUCUUCAGCGAGUAUCCGCACAGCCAUCUUGA